GGAGGGUGAAGUGUGAGCCCAGCGUGUCCUCACUUUGUGUCUUCACUCGGUCCUCAGGGUGCUGGGAGGCGCCUUGCCCAAGGGGCAAAAGCAGUUGCGUAGGACUGUCCUUCUAGAUCAAGUCUCACUCAACCUGUGGGUCUAGACCCCUGUGGGGUUGGACGACACUUUAUCACCUAAGACCAAUAGAAAACACAGAUAUUUACAUUACAAUUCAUUACAGUUGUGAAGUAGCGAUGAAAAUAAUUUUACGGUUGGGGGUCACCACAGCAUGAGGAACCGCAUUAAAGGGCCACAGCAUUAGGAAUGCUGAGAACCACUGCUCUAGGUCGAGCCUGGGGUCUACAGGUGUUUGGUUAGUGAGCCCUGCGCUGGGCUCCUCAGAAAGGGUCACACAGGGCAUCUGCUGAGGGCAGUGGCGGGUAGAACCCUGGCCCUGUGUGAGGUGAAGCUCGGUUGCCAGGUGACUGUCCCAGAGUGGCCACUGUCUGCCUGCUGGGCUCACUCAGCAGUAGCCCCCCCCCAUAGUGCUCAUUUCCUUGCCGCCAUGUCGAGGCAGCUCAACAUGGACACCCUGCGGCAAAACUUCUGGAAGGAGGAAUACCUCAGAGAGAUGAAGUUGCGCUGUGAAUGGCACCACAAGUACGGGGCUCUGGUGAAGGCCAAGCAGAAGGCGAAGGCUGCGGCCCGCCUGCCCCUCAGACUGCCCACCCUGCUGCCUACAGCCCCGGUCUCCACACCACCUACCUCCAAAGCAGCCCCUUCUAAGGCCCCCAGCCCCGGCCCAGAGACUCCUUUGCAGUCAGAAAUGUACCCAGUGCCACCUGACACCAAAGCCCUGCUGUAUGAAGGCAUCUCCCAUGACUUUCAGGGGCGCUACCAGUAUCUCAACACCCGAAAACUGGACCUGCCAGAGACACGCUACCUGUUCCCCAUCACUACCAACUUCACAUACGGCUGGCAGCUGGGCCCCCCUACAAAGCAAGAGUUGGUCUCCUGCAAGAUGUGCCGCAUCGAGUCAUUCUUCCGCAAGAAUGGGGCCUUUGCACUGCUGGAUCCCCGAGACCUGGCCAUCUGACCUCGGGCCUGGCAGUGACUUUUGGGCGGAAAGAGCAAAUAAUAGGAUUCUUGGUGGAGCUAUAUUGCUGUGUGUAUUUUUGGCCUUGAGGCUUCCCUCUGGACAUUUCUGAAACUACCUCACACCUGGGGUCACCCUGCGGCCUUUUCCUUAGCCAUCAUCUCCGUAUCUCCACGAGGACUGAGUAAGGACAGCAGCAGGAUGUGUGGUGUGCGCACUAUUCUCCAGGACUGGGCUUCUCAGUGCCAGGGGACAGUAGCUCCUGAAAGUUCUGGGUGUUCCUGGGAAGGACAGUGACGUUGUCAGUGAGAUGUUAGGGCAAAGGACCACCUCCCGUUCCCCGCCCGCCUCUCACCUGGCCCCGAGGGCCCGCAGCCACUGAGUCCUGCCGCGGUGCACUUGUUCCAGCCGCUCCCGCAAGAUGCGUCUCCAUCCUGCCGCAUCCCCCUAGAUGACAAGAGCUCUGAGCAGGGCGGGUGCGCCGGAGCCUCCCAGCGGCCGCCCCUCUCCCGCUGAGCCCCUCGGAAGCCAGCCGCUGGCUACUGCCCUCGCCUCCGGGGCAGAGCCAUGGUGGUCGAGCCGCCCUUCCCCAGGUGCUAGCCUGUGGUGCCAUCUGAGCUGCGCUGGGAGGGAGCCCCAGAGGGUGAACCCGGCGACGGUGGUUCCCGAGGAUGCGGAGUCGUUCCAGGACCUGGGGAGGCAGCAGUCAGCCGGGCUCCGCCUCGGCGACCCCUCUGGCCACCUCACCCCCGGCAGGCGGGGCCCCGGGACGGGACGCACCCGGAGCCGCUGCUGCUCGCGGUCCCGCAGCCGCCGCUCCCUGGCCGCGCGGUGCAGCUCCAGCAGCCGCUGCAGAGCCUCCUGCUCAGCGCCGGCCGGUGCCUCCUCCCUGCUCCGGGGCUCGGGCCACGCGGCCUUCCAGGAUUUGGGGUCCCUAGGGCCUCUCUGCUCCCAGAGAGCAUCCUGGAGCCUCGGCUGGGGCUCCUGCGGCCUUCGGAGAGGGGAUGGGGCCCAAGGAGGCAUCGCGGCAGGGGUGGGGGCCCAGGCCCCUUCCUGGGUGGCCACCACCGGUGUCAGCUGGGCGCUACUACCUGGGGGUCCUGGUAUCCCCGUCUCCGCAUGCUGGGGGAUCGGUUUUCCCGGGGACCUGCAAACGUCCCUGGAAUGGCCCUCAGGGUCGCCCUCUUCCUGGCGCCACACUUUCGCUACUCCCUGAGCUUCCCCCCAGACUUCUGAAUUACCACCGUCCCCACACUGAGGGGUUUUGACUUCCUGCUGAGCCUGCUUCCUUUCUCUUUGGCUCUGAGGAGCCCCUUUGCCUGGUCUCCGAGUCGACUCUCCUGUAUAACCCCGAGGCGACUGCCCACGCUGACCCUGUGGUGUCUCCUCAGGGCUACCCUGAGGAGAGUCGGUCAACAGUGUCUGGGGCUCUGCCCCCUCGGCUCUCUCGUGGCUCAGGCCAGCGCCAAGCCCCUUGGAGGGGUCGUGGAGUUCUGGCAAGCCCUGGGAAGCGAGGUCAGAGGGCUCUGGGCCUUCCUGGCCCAGCGUUCCCUCCUGCGGGCUUCUCAGUGUCUGUCCACAGGAAGUCUGAACAUUUGGCUCUGCUUGACUCCUUUCUUCUAUCUUGCCUGGGCCCUAGGAAAGAAAAACAUUUUGGGUCCAAGAAAUGUGUGCUCUUUCCCAGUGUGUCCCGUAUGCGUGGCCACCGUCACCACUGCUAAGCCUGUUUCAUGUGUCGUGGAAGGUCUUGGAAAUUGCCCCUUCUUCCACCCAGCAGCCCACCUCAACCCAGCCGUCUUCUCCCAGGCGGCCUGCGCCCCUGCUGCCCCUGAGAGGGCUCUUGCCCAUGGCCCUUUGACCCUUUCACCUUGAGUUCUGAGUUUCCUGGCUCCUUGAAGCUACUGCUGCCGGGGGCAUGUGAGUAACCUGAGGUGGAAAGGCAGAUGUUAGCUAAUGCCCACGGAGGCCUAGGCUCUUACAGGCAUUCCACCUGACUAAGAAUGAAGAUCCCCGGGGUGGGCCCUAUGCAUAGGUGAAGGAGGAGUCCCAGGGGCAGCACUUAAGCUUCAAGUCACAAUUCGCACCCGGUCAUUCCAGCCCCUGCACUGUCUACUAUGUGUUACCUGCACCUGCAAACAGCCAGCCCCCGCUUCCUCAUCUCUUAAGAGACCUACACUUCCUCCCCCAAGACCACCCCCACUUUGUCCAGGCAUGCUAGUUCAGGCCCACAGAAUAGGCCUGCUGUGUGUGCCAUGCUUGCCCUGUUACGAAGGAAAAUUCUGCUUAGAUCUUUGUUUCUGGCAAUAAAAUCAAAUGAAAUUUUGA